GGACGACCUCGAUUGCUCAGCAGCCCGUUCGUUCAUCCGCCCCGCUGCCCCUGUCCCUGGCUCUCUGGCUCGUUUUCUUCCUCUUUCUUGCUCUGCGUCCACCUCUGGUUUCUCUCGUGCUGCCCGUACUCAUGUCUUCAGAAUCCUACCUCUCGCGUGCCCGCUACGGCAAGGAAAAGGUGCGCGUCUUCCGCAUCGUCCGCGAGGGCGCGUGCCAUCGCGUCGUCGAGUACAACGUUUCUGCGCUCGUAGAGGGAGACAUCGAAACCAGCUAUACACAGGCGGACAACUCCGUCGUCGUCGCUACCGACUCUAUCAAGAACAUCACGUACUACCUCGCCAAGGUCUCCCCGCACAUCCUCAGCCCCGAACGGUUCGCGGUGCACCUCGGCACGCACCUCGUCUCGAAGUAUCCGCACCUCCACAAGGCGUUCAUCACCAUCGAGAAGCUCCGCUGGGCGCGCAUCCCCAUCGUGAACGACCUCGAGCCCGUCCAGCUCCACCCGCACUCGUACUUCCGCGACGGCGAGGACAAGCGGUUCACGAGCGUCGAGAUCGACGCGACGCUGGGCAAGGACGCGAUCAUCGCGAAGGUGACAUCUGGGAUCAAGGAUCUUCUCGUGCUCAAGUCUACUGGCUCCGCGUUCGAGAACUUCGUGCGCGACGAGUACACGACGCUCGGCGAGGUGAACGACCGCAUCCUCAGCACGUCGAUCGACCUCGAGUAUGUCUACCGCCCGUUCGCGGUGCCCGCGUUGAAGGACGACCUGCUGCUCGCGCUGGAGGUCGCCGGCGAGGACGCGCAGGCGGGCACCGCGUGGGAGGCGGACACCGUCGCGGAUAGUGCGCGGAAGAUCACGCUCGAGACGUUUGCGAUCGACGAGAGCGCGAGCGUGCAGGCGACGCUGUACAAGAUGGCGCAGAAGAUCAUCUCGACAAACAAAUUCGUGGACCAGGUCUCGUACUCGCUGCCGAACAAGCAUUACGUGCCCGUGGACAUGAAGUACAUCGGGAUCGACAACCAGACACCAUCGGAGGCGGAGGUGUUUGUGCCGCUGACGGCGCCAAGCGGCCUGAUCUCGGCCACAAUCUCGCGGCACUGAUGGAAGAGUGACGUCAGGGUGGGUCAAGGGACGUAUCUGUGGCUCCCAAUCUGGCGUCGGGCAGCCCGACGGGCUGGCGACGAAUGCGCGCGGUGGGGCGGGUGUGACGGGGUACCUACGGACGUGUACGUAGAGCAUGACGGGCGUGACGGCGCAAUUGAACUUGUAACGACA